CUAUUUUUUUUUGAAUAUAAACUCCUUCACUCGAAAAUGUUAGUCCGGUAAUAACCAUCGAUAGAAGUAACGCGGCAGUAAAGUAAAGGUUACAUUUCUUUAGUAAAUUGUUGUACUGAGUUGCGUGUGAAAUAAUAAUAAAUAACUAUAUUCUUCAUCCACUACCGGUUGUCAUUUUACCAACCCCUUCAGACCAGCCGAACAUUACAGAUCCACGGCGUUCCGUACGUAAAGCAAAAGAAGGCGCCGAGCAACACUAAGAGUUAUAUAAAAAUCGAUAUGGAUAUUCAACAGUCAUCCGAAACAGAUGUCUCAUCCCUCAUGCAGAAAUAUAACUUCGUCAAACCAAUCACUGUAACUGUUAUUUAUGAAGAAGACGAAGAAAACGUUAUAGAGAUAAAUAACAAUGAGAUAAAUUUUCAAAAUAUGCCAAAUCAAGGAAUGGAUCAAUCGAAACCAACCUUUUCAAGAAAGACCGCGCAAAUUAAAACAGAAUGCGCAAAUUCUAAAGAUGAUUAUCAUAUGCUACUCACAGUGGCAGAAAAUAUAUCUAAAAUAGUUGAAGUAUACAAUUAUUAUAUACAAUGCCUCAAGCAAAACGAAAAGAACGCAAUUCUUUUAAAAUUUCAUUAUAUCCAUACAAAAUCUCGAUAUUAUAGGCAGUCAUUUGAAGUGGCAUAUCGUUUACUAUUGCCACAAAAAACAAAUGAACAUCUAAAACAUUUUUUGGUAAAAAAAAUAAUUGAGUUAUCAAAAGUUAAAAUCGACCCAAUGUAUGUAAGAGGUCUCUGCAAUGAUUUAAUACUUUGGACUGAAGGAAUGAAAGAUAAAAUUUUAGCUCAAAGUAAAGUCGAUAACGUAAGCAAUAAGAUCGAUGAGAAACAAUACGUCUCCAACAAUUUAAAAAGAAAAUAUAAUCAAGACAAUGUUGCAAAAGAAAAUAAAGUAGCAAUAUUUUCGGCUGGACAGAAAGGAAGUGAAAUAAUUCUAAGCGUCGAUGCACAAUAUUUGAACGUUGAACAUAAUUCGCAGAGAGAUAACAGUAAUAAGCGUACAAGGGAAAUAUCAAAGGUAGAACAAAACGUACCUUAUACAUCUGUAAUCACCACUCCCAGCAGCGAAUUAGACAAUACUCUGCAAACUGACACGCAAAGUAAUUCACAUAAACAUUUUGUAAAAGAAAACAGAAGCUUAAACAAUAUUAACUUUAGCAACAAUAAUAACCUAGAAAAUUCAUUUAACAAGUCAAUACCAAGAUCGUGUGCAUCAAAUAAUGCAAAUGAUUUAAUUAAAAAUAUUAACUAUUCAAAUCAAAAUAAUGUAAUAUCAAAAAUUAAAAGGAGAAUCGCCCACAAUCUCCGAAAUCAAGAACAAAAUACCAUGUCAGGAGUCGUCAAGCAAGAAAGCAAGAGUUGUUCCCUUUCUAACCAAACUGUUUUGGAUCGGAAGAAAUCCGCUUUCUACCCUCAAACUCUCGAGACAGGACAAAGAGCUUCAUAUCAAAGCAUACCUAAUGCUGUAACUCAUAAUAAUACAGUGAGCCAAAACCAAAUGCAUAGACCAAAUCAAAAUACUUUAGACUAUAUGGCAAAUUAUCCCACCAGUAUGCCUUUGCAAUAUAAUACAACAAAUAAUGUACCUCAAAGAACAAACUUAAAUGGCAGUAUAAAAACUGUAAACAGUCAUAUUAAUCAAAAGUAUGAACACCGUUAUAUAACUAAUACAUUACCACCUGUUUAUCAAGACUACUGCAAUAACUAUAUGAUAGAUCGAGGACAACAAAACAAUUAUAAUUGCAGUCAAUACAAAUUUCAAGAGACGGGUACUUCAAAACGCCAGUUACAAAACCUUUACGUUCACAAAUGAACCUUGUCGGCAAGAUCGUCCUAAUUGAUCCUACAUGAGUGCCGAACAUCCAAACUAUAAUUUGAAUAAAAGUCGCCUAUUUAUUGCUCCUAAAAAGGUUUCAAAUGAAAUGUAUCAAAAUGGAGAUCUCAAUGACUACAAACAGUUGCAUGUCUAAUAUGCAAUCUUCACAUGUUACAAUUGUAUUGUUAUUAAUUUAAAUCUAUUUUAUAUAAAUUGUAAAUAGGAAAUA